AUGAAGCUACCGGACCUGCCCGAGUCGCUGAGUGCGCGGCGCAUGCGCUCACACUUCCCGCCAACCGUGCUCGCGCUCUACGACAACAACUAUGGCCUGUUCCUGAUCGCGACGAGCAUGCUGUUCUUCGCGGCCAUGUCCCUCUCCGUCAAGUAUCUGAUGGAGACGACAGGAAUGAGCACCCUCACCCUCAUCCUGGUCCGCAUGGGCAUCACGGGCAUGUGUUGCUGGGCGGUGCUGUGGGGUGUGCAGCGCGACCCGCAUCCGAUCCUCGGCCCGCCGGACAUCAGGCGUCUGCUCCUGCUGCGUGGACUGUGCGGCUUCUCGGGUCUGCUUUGCGCGUACCAAGCCUUCCGCUACCUCUCAGUCAGCGACACGGUCACGAUCCAGUUCCUCCAGCCGACUGUUACUGGACUGCUCGGGUGGCUCCUCCUGAAGGAGCCCUUCACGCUCCGCGAAGCUACAGCCGGCAUUGUGUCCCUGUGCGGAGUCGUGCUCAUCUCCAGACCGCCGUUCAUCUUCGGCCACGGCUGGGGCGGACACGACACGCCAAUCGAGGAGGCCGUCCCGCCCACCACUGGCGUCGAGCACGACCGCGUCCUCGGUGCAACUUGGGCGAUCAUCGGCGUCUUCUUCUCCAGUGGAGCAUCGGAGUCGGUCCGGGGUCCGGGGUCCGAGAUUCCGGUCGAGCAGUCGAGCGGACGAGGCAGGGGCAUCCUCUUCACGCCGGGCCAGCACUCGUGGCCGAAGGGCACUUAUGACUUUGCGCUCAUCAUCCUCAUCGGCGUGUUCGGCUUCAUUGCUCAGGCGCUGCUCACCUUCGGCCUGCAACGGGAGAAGGCCGGCCGCGCAGGCCUCGCGUCCUACAUGCAGAUCCUGUUUGCGGUCGUGCUCGAGCUGUUCGUGUUCCACACGAUCCCCAGCUUCCUCUCGUUCGUCGGCAUGAGCAUCAUUCUGAGUGCUGCGGCUUGGGUUGCGAUGGACACGCUCAAGACCGCCCCGCCCCCGAGCGUCGAGGACCCCGAGUCUGCGCCGAUCUCGCGCACACCAUCGCCCUCGAACACGGGCGUUAAGACGGUGCGCGGCGAAUUGUAUUCGUACAGCAGUGUGCCGACGUCGGACCCCGCGGUCGCGACGGGACAGACACUGCGCCUGCCCUCUCCCGCGCCUGAGGCGAGGCAACGUGCCGACUCGUCUGCGUCGCUUGCUUCGGCCACGGGGUCGGUCACGGGAUCGCUGAAUGGGGUCGCGCGAUAG